AUGAUUGUUCUGGAGGAGAAGGGUCUGCAAUACCACAGCCACCUGAAGUCUUUCGAAAAUCAGGAUCACAAGAAGCCGGAGAUUCUUGAGAUUAAUCCAAGAGGCCAGUUCCCUACAUUCAGACAUGGAAAUAUAAAAAUCAACGAGUCCUAUGCUAUUUGCGAAUAUUUGGAGGAUCGAUUCAGUGGCCAGGGAACUCCACUGAAGCCUAAGGACAUUGGGGAGAGAGCAUUGAUGAUGCAGCGAAUGCAUGAGGGAAAUACACUCAUGUCCAAAUUUGCUGAUGCUGCUUUCUACACCUGGAGAGUCCCUGAAGCUGAAAGAAAUGAGGCCACUCUUAAACGACACAAAGAGGCCCUAACUACUGAGGCCACACUUUGGAAUGAGUACCUGAAAAAGGGUGAUGGGCCUUUCUUGGCUGGGAAGAGUUUCAGUUUAGCUGAUGUGAUCGUCUUUCCGGUCCUUGCCUUUCUCUUCAGAAUGGGGUUGUGUGAGGAGAAAUACAAGAAUCUCGCAGAAUACUACGACCACCUAAAGGCCCGCCCCAGCAUUCAAAAGUCCUGGCCUCCAACCUGGAAAGACACUCCCGGCUCACCGUCUGUAGUCGAUGGAGCGCACUCUUCCUCAAGUCAAAGAGCUGAAGUGGUCAAGCCGGAUUGUUCAGGGGUGACUGAAUGCCAGGUCAACUCGGAAUUCAACAUAAUUACUGGAAAAACGUCCAUUGGAGAAUUAUUUACUACUUUGGACGGUUUCUACCUUGGCUUUGAAGAGGCCUUCACCAGAAGGACAGAAUAUGAAGGCAAACAUUCAAAAGCAAAAGGGCAUGUAACCCACUCUCAACUGAUGUUCGGACCAUACGGAGGGCUUCCUGUUCUUCUUGGACAAUGUUUUUAA